AUGAAGAAAAAUUCGGGUGAUGUAGACGGCAUGGUCUACAUCACAGCCAACCGCAAACUUCUUGGUCAAGAAGCUUGUCUGAAGUACAAGGGACCCAACGUACAACCCAAUGAAACGAGAUAUGAAGCAGUUCGCCAUUGCAAGCACGUGGACGAGGUCUUCCCUGAUUUUCCAUUCGGCUGCAUGACGCUUGACACUCUGCAAACUUUGAAGAUUGAUUUCAUCGCACACGAUGAACUUCCCUGCUUGUUUCCUGGCACAACAGACGCAUACAAGCAUGUGAAAGCCGCAGGUCGUUUCGUAACCACUUCACGUACCCUCGGUAUCUCCACUACGGACAUUGUUGCCAGGAUCGUCAAGAAAUAUGAAGAACACCCCUUGCUUUUCAAGUGAUGAAAAGCGGAGAAUCUUACAAAACCAUUGCAAGUUCUGUUAUUCUCAUACAAUUAGGAUUGUAAGAACACCGGAUACUGUAUAUUGAUGUACAGUAAAAUCAUGAACACUUGGUUCUGUUGAAUGCUGAUUUUUGGAAUUGUUGCAUUACGCGUUUCUCAAAGUUCGUGCAAAGCUUUCACGAAUUUUUCGUUGUCUCUUGAAUAAAUUCGUUUCCAGGGAGUUUUGAGUGGAAAAUGCACGACUCGCAUACACUUAUUGAUGGCACCUCCAAUACAUCGUUGGUCAAUACAAAAUUACAUAUACAGUACAGUAUUAUUUUUUCUCGAAUGUACCAUAAUCAUGAUAUUUGUAUGGUUUAAAAAUUGAGACAGUUCCCAUUACAGUGGGCCCCCGACUUACAACGGGCCCAUGUUACAUCGGUUUCAAGUUACGAUGCUUUUUUAUUCAUAAAAACCCCAGACUUACGUCAGGGCUUCAUGAUACGACAGCUUCUGAGGAAAAUGCUUCAAGGUGGAAUAUUUUUUUUCAGUAAUUCUGAGAAAUUAAAUUUAUUUAGAAAGAGAAAGAAAGUGAAAAUAGUGCGGAAAAUAUUUGAUUUGGAAUGUUUGUGCUAUAUAAAUCGGGGAAAAUAUUGCCAGUCACUUAUGGUUAUUGAGGAUGAUUUUUUUCUAUCCAUUUUCUGCACAAGCUUUGGGUAAUGUUAUCUUCGGUUCUUUGCCAACUUAUUUUGGUGCACUGCAAAAAUUUUACUUGAGCCAGCUUUGUUUUCAACGGCGCCAACGUAGUGCUUGAGAAAUUCCGCAAUAUUCUGCUCAGCCAAGAAAACCUUGUGAAGAUGAGCAGCUGACAAGAAAAGGUCAUCUGUUUGCGGUGCUUGCUGAUUUUGUUGUGCUAAUGUUGGGCAAGCCAUGAUUUCUAAAUUGAAUCUGUAUCCGAAGUCCAAAGAAUUAUCAAAAAUAAUAUCACAGAUUACCUCAAAAAAGAACAUCUGGUGGAGAAGAUGCAUUAUGAAAAUUUUGCUGUUUAUGGCGAGACAAAUAUUUCUGAUGGGGAUCUAUGUGAUUUUUUUUCUUGACUAUGUUUGAAUGUGGCCGGAAAAAAAUUUGAGCUGAGGAAAUAAAUUUAUGAUUUGAAAAA